AUGAUGGAGACUCUGGAAGCAGCUGAACUCUGUGUUCCACAGCUAAACUCCUCCUGCAAGAAGCCUACACAGCCUCACACUGAGGCCAUGCUGAUUUAUGUUCUGCUUUCCUCCAUGUCUCUUGUCACUGUGGCUCUUAACCUGCUGGUCAUCAUCUCCAUCUCCCAUUUCAGGCAACUCCACACCCCUACCAACAUCCUGCUCCUCUCUCUGGCUGUGUCAGACCUGUUGGUGGGUUUCCUGCUGAUGCCAGUUGAAAUUAUCUACAUAGAGGCGUGCUGGUUUCUUGGUGACAUUGUAUGCACUCUGUAUUAUGUUGUAGACUACAUCAUUACCUCUGCCUCAGUAGCUAACAUGGUGCUCAUAUCGGUGGACCGCUAUAUAGCUAUUUGUGACCCCCUGCGUUACCCCACCAAAGUCACUAAGAGAGAAGCAAAAAUUAGUGUUUGUCUGUGUUGGGUUUGUUCUGUUAUAUAUAGGAUUCUCCUUUUAAAUGAUCACCUGGAACAACCAGGCAGGUCUAUCUCGUGUUUGGGAGAGUGUGUGGUUAUCAUAAAUUACAUUGCAGGACUUAUUGACCUUGUUUUCACCUUUUUUAUACCAACUUCUAUCAUUAUAAUUUUGUAUUUUAGAAUAUUUAUAGUGGCUGUGUCCCAUGCUCGAGCCAUGCGCUCUCAUAUUGCAGCUGUAACAGCCCGGCAUUCAGGGACUGUAACUGUGAAGAAAAGGGAGAUGAAAGCAGCCACAACUCUUGGUAUUGUUAUAGUUGUCUUUUUGUUUUGUUUCUGUCCAUACUAUUUCCCUGCUUUGGCAGGUGAAGACACUUCAGUUGAUGCUUCAUCUGUAGCCUUUGAGCUCUGGCUGACACAUUUCAACUCCUGUGUGAACCCUGUCAUCUAUGCCUUUUUCUACCCCUGGUUCAGAAAAUGUAUAAAACUCAUUUUGACACUUCAGAUACUGAAGCCUGGCUCCCGUGAUACUCAUCUACUAUAG